AUGAGACCCUUGAAGGUCGGUGCAAAGGAGAAUGAUACAGUACUUGUAGCAAAGUUCGAAGAUAAUAUUUACUCUAUUGGGAACUAUUGCUCACAUUUUGGAGCCCCAUUGCAUACUGGAGCAAUUGUAGGAGAUAGAGUCUUUUGUCCUUGGCACUCAGCAUCAUUCAAUCUUAAAUCAGGUGCAAUUGAAGGUGGUCCUGCUCUAGAUGGAGUCCCAUAAUAUAAUAUUAUAAGUAAAAAUGGUAAAUCCUUCGUUCAAGUACCAGAAGUCUUGACUUAAACUAAAUCUUAAUAAUUAGCAAAAAGAGACUUAAAUGAUUAGAGACACUUUAUAGUAAUUGGAGGUGGCCCUGCAGGCUUAAACUGUGCAGAAGCUUUGAGACAAUCGGGCUUUACAGGUUAAAUCAGUUUGGUGUCUGCUGAUUCAGUAGCCCCUUAUGAUAGAACUUCACUCAGUAAAGCUGUUGCAACUGGAGAUGUUUCUUAGAUGAAACUAAGAUCUGAAGAAUAUCUUUAAAAUGAUGCCUAGAUAAAUCUAAUUCUAGGAACAAGAGCUGAAAGAAUAAUUGCAAAAGAUAAUCUAGUUCAACUUAGUAAUAAUUAAACAUUGAGAUAUGAUAAAUUGUGUUUAGCAGUUGGAACAAGCGCAGUAUUACCAAAAAUUAAGGGAAUUAACCUUAAGAAUGUCCAUGCCUUGAGAGAUCAUUAUCACUAAGCAGCUAUAAGAGAUUAAGCUGCAAAAUCUAAAAAUAUUGUCAUCCUAGGUGGGGGAUUUAUAGGCUCUGAAUGUGCCUCAGCAUUAAAGCUUUAAUUCGGGGAUAAAGUUAAUGUUCAUCUAGUUCAUGGAGAUAGAGUUCCAAUGGAAAGAUAAUUUGGCUUUGAAGUUGGUAAGGUCAUACUAUAAGAUCAUAAGCAAGCAGGUGUGCAAUUACAUAUGCAAAAGCUUGUUACAGAAAUUGGUGGGACUGGCGAUUCUGUGUAACAUGUUAUUCUUAAUGACGGAACAAAGUUGGAAGCAGAUCUAGUAAUUGUAGGUGCUGGUGUGACUCCAUCAACUUAAUUCCUUAAGGAUUCAGGUAUUUAGCUCAAUGAAAGUGGAGCAUUGGUUUGCAAUAACAAAUUGCAAACUAAUAUAGAUGAUAUUUUUGCUGCAGGUGAUGCUGUAUCAUAUUAAACUGGUGACAAUUCUCACAUUAGAAUAGAACAUUACAUAACCUCUUAAGACUAGGGUUCUAAUGCCGCUUUCAAUAUGCUUGGGCAAAGUUAGGUUUUUAAUAGGGUUCCAUUUUUCUGGACUAGAAAUUACAACAAAUCUAUUUAAUACGUUGGAUAUGCUCAGAGCUAUGAUGAGGUAUUCAUUUAAGGGGAUCCUUUAAUGCAGCAAUUAUGA